ACGUGUAGCCGACUUCAAAUAGUUAAGUAUAAAAUUAUGAUGAUGAAAUGAAGGGAAGAUAGAUUUUUAAAUCAUCACCAAACUGCAUUUUCCAGCGGUGGUUUUGAGGUAGUGCUUUCUUUAAUUCUUUUUAACGUGGAGUGAGGCCUUGCUAAUUGCGCCCUUUAGUUCCACGAGUUUGAUUUGGGGGAAAUUCCUUCCAUUAUCCCCUCUCUCUCUCUCAAAUCCCUUCCAUUUCCCCUCUCCCUCUCCUGUGUAAAUCAUCCUCACGACAUCUUAAAAAGAAAAAAAAUCCCGGCAUUCGUAGUUUAACAAAUCACUGCCCAUUUCCUAAUCAUUUCAUGAGAUGCCAUGGCAAAUACCAAAUCUUCACAUCGCAAAACCACGUUCAAAAACCAUCAGGUCCCUUCUUAUUCCGUUGUUUUCAAUCAAAACAAAAGAACCCAUCAACACAAUGCCCACUUACUUACCUGAAGCCAUGAACUAUGUAGAUGAAACAGAGGCACGCAGACUUCAGCGUCGCACAGGGAGCCAUGCAUCUUCUGAAACUGAUGCAACAAUUGGGAAUAGUCGGUUAUAUGAAUCAGGAAGAGCAGAUCAUACCCAACAAAUGUUUGAUAGUAUGAACCAGAGAUAUGAAGCCUCUUGGUCCCUAGAAAUUGCAGGCCAUGCAGAGGCCGGAAACCCCAAUAAAGCCCUUGAGCUUUUCUUCGAGAUGAGAAGAGCAAAUUUACAACCAACCCAUCUCACAUUUUCAAAGGUGUUGAAGGUCUGCACCAGUUUAAGGCACCUAAGCUUGGGCAUGCAGAUCCAUGGCUGCACGAUAAGAAAUGGAUUAAUCCACCAUGUAUUUGUUUCCAACUCCACAAUCAAGUUGUAUUCAGAUAGUGGCUUCUUGGCUGAAAGCGUCAGCCUUUUCAAGGAAGCCUCAAUCAGGGAUCAAGUCACAUGGGCCUUAAUCAUCUCGUCCUGUGCUCGCAUUGGAAGCGUGGAAAAAUCUCUGAGUCUUUUCAAAGAAAUGAAUAAUGGAGGCCUAAAACCAGACGGGUUUGUCCUUGCCUCUGUUAUCAAUGCUUGUUCGAGAAUCAACGGUCUCGAAAAGGGCAAACAAGUCCAUGGGCACAUCAUUAAAACUGGUUUCGCGUCCAGUUUAUCAGUCGGGAAUGCAGUGACAAGCUUCUACAUGAGAGGCAACAUGCUCACCGAUGCUUAUUUAGUGUUUGAUGGCAUGGUGCAUAAAGAUGUCAUCUCAUGGACAACCAUGCUCUCUGGUUUGGUACAAUCUGGUUAUGGUGAUAAGGCCAUGGAUGUUUUUGACCAGAUGCAUCAUCUUGGGCUUUAUAAAGAUGGAUUCAUAUUUGCAGGUGCUCUGGGGGCUUGUAGCCUGUUUGGAUCCCUUGAAAAAGGUGCACAAAUCCAUGGCCUCAUAACCCGAAAUGGGUUCGAAUCAGAGGCGUUUAUAGGAAACUCUCUGAUAGACAUGUACUCAAAGUGUGGGAGCAUAGAGAUGGCACAAAAGGUUUUCAAUGGCAUGCCAUCUCGAAACACAGUUUCAUGGACAGCAAUUAUAAUAGGAUAUGCCCAAAAUGGACACGGGAAUAAAACUCUAGGGCUCUUUGAGGAGAUGCAAGGGUUGGGGAUAAAACCAGACCAUGUAACUUUUAUAGGGGUUCUCUCAGCUUGUAGGCAUUCUGGUCUAUUAGAAGCUGGCGAAAAAUAUUUUCGAGACAUGGAAAGAAUUCAUGGAAUCAAAGCCAGACUUGAGCAUUAUGCCUGCAUGAUCGACCUGCUUGCUCGAAAGGGAUGCUUUACCAAAGCUUCAGAUCUGCUAAAAUCAAUGCCCUAUGAACCAGACCCAAUUAUUUGGGGUACUUUAUUGGGAGCUUGCAGGGUUCAUAAUAAUACCCAAUUGGCUGAAGAAGUAGCAAAGAGGCUACUGGCUAUUGACCCAGAUUGUGCAGGGACCCAUGUCCUGCUCGCAAAUAUAUACUCAGCCGCCGAAAGAUGGGAAGAUGUGGCUAAGGUUAGGAAAUUGAUGAGAGAGAAAGGGUUGAUGAAAGAGAAAGGAAGAAGUUGGAUAUCAGUGAGAAACCAAGUUUAUUCUUUUGUUAUGGAAGAUAGAUCAAAGCCACAAACACGAAUGAUAUAUGAGAUGCUUGCAAGGCUCAGAAAAGAGAUUGAGCUUGUGGGUUAUGUUCCUGAUACAGGAUUUGCGCUUCAUGAUGUAGAAGAGGAAGUGAAGAAGCAGGUUCUAUGGUAUCAUAGUGAGAAACUGGCAAUAGCUUUUGGGUUCCUAAUGACACCUAGUGGGGCAGUGAUCAGAGUUUGCAAGAACCUUAGAAUUUGUGGGGAUUGUCACUCUUCAACUAAGUUUAUUUCAAAGGUUACAGGCCGAGAAAUUAUAGUAAGGGAUGCACGCCGUUUCCACCAUUUUACGGAUGGGCAGUGCUCAUGUGGAGAUUAUUGGUGAAUUCCAAGAUGGUUUUUGCAACAAAUGACAGGGGUAUAAGGGAAACAAAAAGGAAGUGCCAAAACAAAAAGAAAGGAUGACAUACCCUAAUCCAAUGGAUUGUCAUAAAUUACUAAACAAGGGAUUCAUCACCUAUUACUGACGAUGAAUGGUGGAUAUUUAUUGAAAUGGGAUGUACGAGGACAUUCAGCUGGAUAAUUUAGUGGCAUCCACCCAUAUCAGAAUUCAGAUAUAGAUGGUAGAUGCCCCUUUGGAAUAAAGUAUGGCAUACUCCAUCAACCAAUGCUAUACUUCCCAGAAUGAAUCAAAUGCUCUCAAUAACUAGAAAAGGUAUCAGCCCAUUGAUGCUUCAAAAGGCUUUUAAAGUCGAAUUUGGGGGAUUGUAGCUGAUGAUAAUUGGGGCUUCAGAACCAAAGUUUGGUAGUCAACUGUCUGCAUUCCUGCAAGUUGGGAUCUGAAAAACUGAAGUGUUAAAGACAUCAAAAGAAAAUUUAAAUA